AUGGCUUCUUCUCCUUUGAGAUCAAAGUCCCAUUAUCAUGUCCGCUCUAUCAGUUUGCCAUCCAGAUCUCAUCCACUCAUCCCUCAGUUCAAUGAACAUUUAUGCAGACUAAGUUCUUCCGAAGGUACAUCCACCUCAUUGCCAUCAUUAAGGAACAGGGCUAGUGGGCUUGAGGAUCUGUAUGAUUGUGUUGCUGACUUGCUUCUGUUGCCGCACACUCAACAAACUUUGGCCCAUGAAGGCCAUAAGAAAUUGGUUGAAGAGGCCUUGGAUGGAUAUCUCAAACUCUUGGAUGCUUGUGCAACCACUAAAGAUAUCUUUUCACAGACAAAGGAAGACGUCAAAGAACUUGUUUCCUCCCUACGUAGGAAAAGGAAUGCAGUUAAUGUUGGAGAAUUUUUGGCCUCCAGAAAGAAGGUGCAGAAGGUCAUCAAGAAGUUGGUGAAGGAUUUGAAGAGCAUCAAAAACGAAGACCUGCUCUCAGACACAGACCAAGAAACUGUUGCCAUUGUUAGCCUGCUAAAAAAGGUUGAAGCAGCCACUCUAGCAGUGUUGAGCUCGUUUUUGUCAUAUGCUGCUGGAACAAUUCCAGAAUCGAGACAAAAUGGCUGGUCUUUGGUGUCCAAACUGAUGCACUGGAAGAAUGAAGCAUGUCAAUCCAAAGAAAUAGCUGUUACUGAAUUUCAGGAGGUUGAUGCUGCAGUGCAGUCACUCAUUGUGUCAAGCAAAUCUGACGACAAAAGAACCAUUGAGGUAGUGCAACAGAUAGGAAAGUUGGAGUUGAGCAUUCAAGGUCUAGAAGAAAAUCUAGAGCGCUUAAUGAGUCAGCAAACCUUGGCCAAUGAAAGCCAUAAGAAAUUUGGCGAUGAGGCCUUGGAUGGAUAUCUCAAGAUCUUAGAUGCUUGGGUGGCCAUUAAAGAUAUCCUCUCACAGAUGAAGGAAAAUGUCAAGCAACUUCUUUUGUCCCUGUGCAGGAGAAGGGAGGCAGGAACUUUUAAAGGAUUCUUGGCCUCCAGAAAGAAGGUGCAGACAUCAAGAAGUUGUUAA